CGGAACCGUUGCUGAGCAAAGAGCUGGAAGAAAGCACCUGCUGCUCGUGCACAGGCACUAGGCACGCUCUAGGCACAAGCACCGGCGGAAGAACAGCUCCGAAUAUCGCAGCGCACUCGACGUAAUCGUCAUUUCAUCCUAGGUCGUCCCAUCAACCAAGGUGCAAAAAUGACUGAGAUGUCGAGCAUGUCGAGCAUGUCUAGCAUGUCGGGUAUGUCUGAGGUGUCGACGAUGGGUGGAGGCACGACAGGCGCGACGACGACCGGGAUAGGAAGAAGAAAGCUAUCAUUGCGGUUGCUUUCCUGUGCCUGCUCCUGAUCGGAUGCCUCGGAAUCGUAGCUGUGUCGGGCGCUCUCGGAGGAGGAGGCGGCGGUGAUGGUGAUGAUGACGAUGACGGGCUUGCAACAGAUUCGUAUAACCCAGAUCUACCACCGGCUCCAACGACAACGACAACAACAACGACAACGACAACGACGACGACAACGACAACGACAACAACAACAACGACCACGACGCCGCCCCCACUACCCAACCUCUGCACUUUGGGCAACAGAGCAGCGAUGGCAUAUCAUUACCCGCAAGACGGGCUAUGCGAUUUCAUUUUUUUCACGCAUGUAACCUGCCAAGACAUGUCGGAUCCUAUUCGGGGAAUGUUCGAAAAACCUUUCAGUGUCUUCCAGAAUGUGGCGCCCAACUUCCGACGUUCACGUAUGGGGAUCUCAUUUGAACAAAGGUAUGCCGCACUUUGUUACGGCGAGCUGCAGAAGCCUCGUGGCACUGCCCAGUUGCGAGGUCUGCUCAACAGAAAUAUCCUGAAUUACGGCCUACUGGCAGUCACGGGAGAUCCCAGCGCCAUCCUCAACUUGAUGCAGAGAUUGAAGUCUCUACUGACCACCCAAAGCACUCUUGUCAUUGGACUUCGAGGGCAAUAUGGGAUAACGACAGCUUUCUCUACCUGGAUCCAACAGCUCAAACUAGACUACGACAUUCUCCUGUUGCACACACACAUUUCCACGUGGAAUGCCACAAACUGGCCAGGUACAGCAGGAGCCAGCAUCUUGGAAAGCUCCGGCAGUCAUAACUACAGCAGCAUGAAACAUGUCAUCAGUCAACUAGAACCGAGUUAUUUUGCCUCAAGACCAAAUCUGGUGUACAUGGUAACCGCUAGUAUGGCUGUCACAGUCUUCAACAUCCCAUCUUCACAGACCGUCACUGCGGUCCACGUGUCUACCACGGCUUAUGGAUACGGCAUAAGUGAUUACUCCGAGACUUGUGCGAAGGGCUUGGUCACACCGGUCCAGGUUACACCGGAGACGUUCAUGGUUUCUGGGCACGAUGGCUACCAGAUUAUAUAUGACACGCCACAAACAUUGGAAAUAAAGAUAAACGCAAGUAUAGCAGCGACCCAGACCAAAAACAUCAAGAACAAGCUAGGAAUGGCCUUCUUCGACGUGGACUACGAGGACGUUGACGCGAUCUGCGGUGGUGCAUUUGCGACUCUACAGAGAUCCAUCAAGAGGUUAAUCGCUAUAGGAUAGACUCGGAUGAUGUUGCUGCUUGCUGAUGAACAAGUGUCGUAUAGCGUGAAUUUAUCCAGUGGACCUUAUUAAUAAAUUUUGAAAUUGCCGCUACCGGUACACGAC